CGGAGGAGGCCAGGGAGGAGGAUCUGCGCUGAGGACUGUGCUGCGCAGCUGGGACGCGCACUUUGGCGCUCGGACGCGCACUUCGACGCACGCGGCCCCCGCCCCAGGUCGGGCUGGGAUUGGCCGGUCCGCGGCUUCCCCCGCCCCAAGUCAAUUGCCGGCUAGGUCUUCCGGGGGGGGGAGUUUCUUUCCUUACCUCUCGUUUCCUUUCGCGAGACCGGAGCCAGAGGUUUGGGAUCGCCCAGUGGCCGUCGGCGCGAGGAGGCCGAGCUCCGCACCGCCGCGAUGAGGCCCCGGGAAGCCUGGCUGCUCGUUCUGCUCUUAGCCCUGGCGCAGCUGCUGGCAGCGGCGAGCGCAGAGGGCCCGGAUGAAGAUUCUUCUAAGAAAGAGGAUGCCAUUGAGGCGGAAGACGAGGAGGAGGAAGAUGACGAGGACGACGGCGAUGACUUGGAAGUUAAGGAAGAAAACGGUGUCUCAGUCCUAAAUGACGCGAACUUUGAUAACUUUGUGGCUGACCAAGACACGGUGUUGCUGGAGUUCUACGCUCCAUGGUGCGGGCAUUGCAAGCAGUUUGCUCCAGAAUAUGAAAAAAUCGCCACUACCUUGAGGGAGAAUGACCCUCCCAUUGCUGUCGCCAAGAUCGACGCGACCUCGGAAUCGGCGCUGGCCAGUAGGUUUGAUGUGAGUGGCUAUCCCACCAUCAAGAUCCUUAAGAAGGGGCAGGCUGUCGACUACGAGGGCUCCAGGACCCAGGAAGAAAUUGUGGCCAAGGUCAAAGAGAUCUCCCAGCCCAACUGGACACCUCCACCAGAAGUCACACUCGUGCUGACCAAAGAUAACUUCGAUGAGGUGGUGAAUGACUCAGGCAUCAUUCUGGUGGAGUUUUAUGCCCCGUGGUGUGGACACUGCAAGAAACUGGCCCCCGAGUAUGAGAAGGCCGCCAAGGAGCUGAGCAAGCGCUCUCCCCCAAUCCCCCUGGCGAAGGUCGACGCCACCGCAGAGACAGACCUGGCCAAGAGGUUCGACGUCUCCGGCUAUCCCACCCUGAAAAUCUUCCGCAAGGGAAAGCCCUUUGAUUACAACGGCCCACGGGAAAAAUACGGGAUCGUCGACUACAUGAUCGAGCAGUCCGGGCCACCCUCCAAGCAGGUCCUGGCCCUGAAGCAGGUCCAGGAGUUCCUGAAGGAUGGAGACGAUGUCAUCAUCGUUGGGGUCUUUAAGGCGGAGAGCGACCCAGCCUACCAGCGGUACCAGGACGCUGCUAACCACCUGAGAGAGGAUUACAAAUUCCACCACACUUUCCACACUGAAAUAGCCAAGUUCUUGAAAGUCUCCCCGGGGAAGUUGGUCAUCAUGCAGCCUGAGAAAUUCCAGUCCAAAUAUGAGCCCAAGAGCCACGUGAUGGACAUCCAGGACUCCACGGAGAGCUCGGCCAUCAAGGAGCACGUGUUGAGGCACGCGCUGCCCCUUGUCGGCCACCGCAAGUCUUCCAACGAGGCCAAGCGCUACUCGCGGCGCCCCCUGGUGGUCGUGUACUAUGGCGUGGACUUCAGCUUCGACUACCGCGUCGCCACUCAGUUCUGGCGGAACAAGGUCCUGGAGGUGGCCAAGGACUUCCCCGAGUACACCUUUGCCGUGGCCGAUGAGGACGACUUCGCCACGGAGGUGAAGGACCUGGGGCUGAGUGAGAGUGGGGAGGAGGUGAACGCGGCCAUCCUGGACGAGGGCGGCCGCAGGUUCGCCAUGGAGCCCGACGACUUCGAUGCCGACGCCCUCCGCGCCUUCGUCAGCGCCUUCAAGAAAGGAAAACUGAAGCCAGUUGUCAAAUCCCAACCGGUGCCCAAGAACAACAAGGGGCCGGUCAAGGUCGUGGUGGGGAAGACCUUCGACUCCAUCGUGAUGGACCCUAAGAAGGACGUCCUCAUCGAGUUCUACGCGCCGUGGUGCGGGCACUGCAAGCAGCUGGAGCCCGUGUACACAGCCCUGGGCAAGAAGUACAAGGGACACAAGAAUCUGGUCAUCGCCAAGAUGGAUGCCACAGCCAACGACGUCACCAACGACCGCUACAAAGUCGAGGGCUUCCCCACCAUCUACUUCUCCCCCAGCGGGGACAAAAAGAACCCAAUUAAAUUUGAGGACGGAAACAGAGAUCUGGAGCAUUUGAGCAAGUUUAUAGAAGAACAUGCCACAGAACUGAGCAGGGCCAGGGAAGAACUUUGAAGGCCUUGAGGGUCUGCUCAGGGCAAGCGCGGCAGGGACCAGACAGCGAAGCUUCCAGCACUCGGCAUUGGAGCCUGAGCCAGCUGCGAGCCCGGUGGGCUUGCUCAAAGGCAGUCUGUCAAGGUGUUUUGGUUUGUCUUGUGUUUUAAUUUUUUAUACUUUGGUAUUUCACCUUAUGCUCUGAUACUGAAUAGAUAUGAAUGACUCAGUAGAUUAGUCCAGAAUUUUACAGAGGAUACAUCUAUUUUUACCAUUAUUUGGGGUUUGAUUUUUUUUUUUAACUUUUUCACCUUCUUUAAUAUAUUUCUUCAAAGCAGACAGUUGAACCUCUUCUGUGUGAAUGUUUUUCUCUGUUUUUAAUUUAAAAUUUAAGAAGCCUUUGCCAAAUCACGUCGACUUUUCCUUUUUGUUUUAUUGUCAUCUGAGGAAUGCUUAGCUGAAGAUGGGACUGUUGGUGUUUGGGUUUUUUUCCUUCUGUUGUGGCACAAAGUGAGAACUGUCGCCGAGCACCCUGCCGAGGACGUCAUCUCAGCCCGACUGAUCUGCCACCCGGUCCAGGGAGAAACAGCAUCUCUGCGGGCCUGGGCGUCACCGCGCCUUCUCCUCCCAAAUCGAGGACCGCAGGCAGGAGCGUUUCCCAGGUGCUCCCAGACCCUGAUCCGAGGCUCAGCCUCCGAGAGGCCGCCUGCCUCUUCAGAACCGCUGUGGCCAAGGAGAGAUGAGCUAGGGCACAGGUGGAGACUUUAGGGUGAUAGGACGAUAGGGUAGGCUGUUGUGAUGGAAUAAAGAAAGGAUUCAAAAUGAACCUCCAUCACCGUCCUAGAGAACAUGGUCCCGCCCUGGAGCCUCAGCGUGCUGGAGAUGGAGAGGCCGGGCCUGGAGGGGAGGUUCCCUGCCCGGCCUGCCUGAACAUCCAGGGGUGGGGUGGCAUCCCGACCCGGGUAGGGGCAUCGAUGGGCCCUGCUCUUGGUUGGUUGUGGGUGGGCAGUGGUGCACUCUAUCGGGAGGCAGCAGGGGUGGAGGGCAAGGCCCUGAGCUCUUCUGGGCGCUGGAGGGAGGGGACAGGACAGGACAGGACGGGACGGGAAGCUGGACCAGCCUGCAGGGUUCUGGGCGAUUUGUGUGAUGUGAGCUUCAUUCUGGGAGUUCAUUCACCGAGAUGUGCCAUCCCCGCUCACCUGUUCCUAAUUUUGCUGAAACAGAAAUCGUGAGCUGGGGGCAUCUCUUCGAGCAGUGGCUGGUGGGUUUGCUGCAGGGGUUGGGGCAGGCAAGAAGCAGCCCCAGGGGAAGGGACAGCUGUGGUGGGCCUUUCUAGAUGAUCUGCUUUCAAGUUGAGUCUGGCCAGGGUGGGCUGGGGUGUCUGGUAAGUCCUCAGAAUCCCCAGUGUGGCAGGAAGUCCUCUGCACCCUCCUGGAUGCCCUCUUCCCUCAGGAGGACAAGCAGGCCCCCUUCAGAGACUUUGUGCCAGAAGCUCACAGGAGUAAAUGUGGGUGUGGGGCUUGAAGGCUUUUUUUUUU